ACUUAUCUCUCCUUCAUCUUCCGGCACGAUCUAAUAAUCUCCAGUUUUCGAAAAAGCCUUCUUAAAUCCUUCUAAAGAUUCCAAUACCAAGAAAAAAUUUAACCAAAAGAGAUGUGUUAUCUGAACAAGGUUUGGAUUGCAGCAUCGUUUGUGGCUGCUCAAGGAAACCCCGAUCACGGCGUGAAGUUGAAAACCGGGCUCAGCUCCGCACACCACCUACAACGCCGGCUUUCCUCCGAUAUCCGCCCUCUCUCCGCCACAGCUGACCCCGUAGAUGGUCCGCGUGUAGAAGAAAGACGGGUUACCUCUUCUUCCACUCCCGAUGAAUCUCUCCGUCAGAUCAUGUACCUCAACUGCUGGAGCCAAGGCUAAUUCUAGUUCCAUGCAAUCCAUCCACAGAUGUUGAUGGUGGCUCGCUGUUGGACCUGCUGAGUCGGAUAAAGCGAGAUGGAUCUUCUGAUGAUAAUUGUAUAUAUGUGAAUAUUAGAAAUGUUCAAAAAAUAUCAAAAACAUGCGUUCGUUAAUGAGAAACAUCGUCUAUUUUCCAAAUUA